ACUUUAGCUCUUGAAGCAUAGCAGUUGCCGGGAGCCCCACAAUUUCUGGAUCUUGGCUGUCUGAAUUCGAAUCUCGACUUCACCUACUAGCUGCGUGACAGCAGGAUCCCUGAGAUUCUACUCUGGAGGCGGCUACCAUUCUUGGGACCCUCACCAUGAAAGGCCUUCUGCUGCUCACCUUGUCUUCUCUGCUCUGCUGCGUCUCAGCUGACAUUCGCUGUCACUCCUGCUACAAGGUCCCUUUGCUGGGCUGUGUGGACCGGCAGUCCUGCCGCCUGGAACCAGGACAGCAAUGCCUGACAACAAAUGUGUACCUCGGGAAGAUGUGGGUUUUCUCCAACCUCCGCUGUGGCACACCAGAAGAGCCCUGUCGGGAGGCCUUCAACCAAACCAACCACAAGCUAGGCCUGACCUAUAACACCACCUGCUGCAACAAGGACAACUGCAAUAACCCAGCCCCUCGGCCCACCCCGGCCCUGACUCUUGUCCUCCUCACCUCCUUGGCUGGCCUCGGCCUCUGGCUGUUGCACUGAGACUCACUCCAUGGCUGCCCCUCCUCCCACCUGCCUUAGCCUGAGCCCCUCUUCUUGUGUCUUCAUAUCCUCUGCUUCCUUUUGCUCAGAAAAGCAUUUCUCCAGACCCUUCACAUUUCUUUAAUUAGUGGUCCCCCGAUCCAUCCUUUCAUCCCACACCCUCCACUCUGCUUCUCUGGAGUCUCUUUCCAUUUCCCUCGACACCACUCCAGAUCCUCCAUGGUCUCCUAGAAGGGCUCCCCACUUUGCCUCCUGAACUCCCCUGUGCCCUAUGUGAGGAGGGAUUGGAAUCUGGGCCUGAAAUGGGGUUUCUGUCCUGUCCCCAGUGAAGGCUCCCAGGAAGGACCUGAUGACCUCACUGUAUGAGCUGAUUCUCCAAACCCUGGCUCCCAUACGUACCUCAUCCUCAUGCUCAGCCCUUUCCAUUUUGAGUAAUAAAUGUCUGUAUAUCAUCAAC